AAAAGUUUGACAUUAACUAUUGAAUUUGAAGCAUAACCUCUACGGAGGAAAUUUAGUUCGACUAAAAUCUUCUAUUUCUUUCUCGUAGUCUUGUAAAAGGAAAUAAAUAUGUCCAACCUUCCUUACGGACCACCAGUAAAAGUAUCACCAUUGAUCAGGUUCGGUCGUUGGUCCCUGCUGACAACUGGCAUUCUGUAUGGAGCCUACCACCAAAGUAGGCUUUCAAAGAAGGAGGCCAAACUGCGGGAAAUCGAAGCCAAGGAGAAGGUGAUCAGGGACGAGAAACUCAAGCAAGAGAAGGCACUUGCUGCUGCAGCUGAACUUAAAUCCCUAGAAGAAAUGGUCACUGCCAAGAAGUAGAAGAUUAGCCGUAACUAAAUAAUUAAUAAACAACCAUCUUUUGUUGUGUUGUCUGCUCGCUGCCUGUACGAAAUGAUCCAAUGAUUCAGAAUUCAGUAAUAAUGAUCAAGACAACCAUUCCGCAAACUUCUAAUGUUACUCGUCAUAUUUUUAGGUGAUUAAAAUAUUUAAA